AUGUCCGAAAAUAUGAUUACAAAGUUUGACGAGUAUUGGAAAGAAAGUCACGGGGUGUUGGCUAUGGCGACGAUAUUGGAUCCAAGGUUUAAGAUGAAGCUCCUAGAGUAUUUUUUUCCUAUUAUCUAUGGAGUAGAUAAUGCAAAAGAUGAAAUUCAGAAAGUGCGUCAAAUUUGUGAAGAUAUAUAUUUGCGAUAUGAGUCACGUGUUAUGAGUCAAGCAAGUAAUGAUGAUAUUACUACUAAGCCCACUUCUAGUCGAGAUGCAGCUCUUGCAAGUGACAUGGACUCUUUAGAUGCUUUCUUUUCAUGGAAUUUUGCUACUAGUGAAGUUUUUGUGAAAAAUGAAUUAGAAAGGUACGUAAAGGAAGACACUUUACCCCGGAUUCAUGAGUUUGAUUUGUUAGGUUGGUGGAAGUUAAAUGGGGUUAAGUAUCCUACAUUGUGUUUGAUUGCAAAAGACAUAUUAGCCAUUCCUAUCUCCACUGUUGCUUCAGAGUCUUCUUUUUCUACAAGUGGUAGAAUCGUUAGUCCACAUAGGAGUAGACUUCUUCCAUCAACAAUUGAAGUUAUCAUAUGCACUCAAAAUUGGCUAUGGGCGGGUAAAAAAGGUUGUGUUAUUGAUGGUGAUGAUGUACAUUCCGAUGAAGACGAUGAGGGACUUGAGGGAUGAUAUUCGAAUGUCAGUGAAUGAAGAGUUGAAGGAAAUUAACGGAUACUGAAGAUGUAGUGAAUUGUGUUUUAUAUUUGUAAUUUUGGAUUUGUCGUAUUUUGCAUUUGUAAUGUUAGAUUUGUCUUCGUAAGAUUGUUGGAUUUAUUUUUGUAAGAUUGUAAGAUUGAUGGAAUUGUUGGAU